AUGGAGUUACAACGUUCCGUGAAGAGCAUGACAAGGAGAUUGCAAACAGUAGACUUUGACGACCUGCGGCUGCCUAUUGCAUGUUCUCCAGCUCCUGGAACUUAUGGCCCGAAAUUAGAUACGAAGGUGAAAGGACCGACGAAGACAAAAGCCACAAGACUUUUGUCCGAGGGAGAUCUCGGUUCUGUAAUUCCUGUUCCGACAGUUGCAGCAUUUCGCACACCACAGGUGCAUCGCAAACCAGUGAAGACUGUAGGUAAACCUCAAGGAAAGGAAAAUAUUUCUUCAAUGGAUUGUUUAUUGAAAGUUAAAGAUACAGGCCAUGACUUGUCGGAAUUGGAAAGUAUAAAACAAAAGCUAAAGGAAACGGUUGAUGAAUUAAAUAAAUCAGAGAACUUGCGCGAGUUAUUAAAAGCAGAUAUUUCUAUGAAAAUGCAUCAAAAUGUAGAACUGCAACAUAAAAAUGAAACAUUAGCUGUGGAAAACGAGGCGUUACAAUAUAAAUUCAGUCAACGUCAGAAUUCUGUCACUAGGAUGGUGGAACUUAACAGAGAGCUGACAAAUAGAUUUACUUCAAUUCAAGAAAAGUUAUCUGAAAAGGAAAAGCUGUGUGAAAAGUAUCAAAGUCAAAUACAAACUCUUCGUGCAGCAAUGACAAAUCUCUAUUUACAAAUGCAGAGAACAGAGAAUACACCUCCAGAUGCUAUUGAGAAACUGAAGAAAGAAAAUGAUGCUCUUGAAACACAAAUUUUGAAUUAUGAACUGGAGAUUGCCGAGUGGAAGAGAAAGUAUCAUGAAAUGGAAUCAUUAAUUGGGCCUUUCAAGGAACAGUUGGAAACCUAUCGAGCUGAGUGCAAGAUGCUGGAAGCAGAGAAAGGUGAAGUGCAGCAGAGUAUGCGAGAACUGUCUCUCCAGUAUGCUGCUAGUUUAGGUCACCAAAACCAGAAGCAGAAGAUCCACUACAUGACUGUUUAUAACCUGAAGAAAACUAUAGAAAAGUUGCACAAGGAUGGCACUAAUGCAGGAAGCAAAUCUAGUGUAACAUUCACUCCCAUUGUCAACAAAGGAAAGGAGAACAUACGUCGUGGUGUUAGUUCUGUUCACAAGAAGGUGCCAAUCCAAAGUCCAGAAGAAGGUCAGAAGCCUACACGAAAAUUGAUCCCUUUUCAAAGUCCAAAUCAACCAGCUUUCACGCUUUCUCCAAUCCAAAACCGAGCAAACAGCCCAAAUCCAAAGCGUUUUGAUGAGCGUUCAACUCACUCAAAUGUUAUUUAAAUACUACAAUGAAUUGUGUCAAUCCAGUAAAAUGUUUUAAAAUAUUUUUUUGUACAUGAGAAGUCAACUAUUGUAUGAAAUAUGAAUUUGAAGAAAUGCAUAUUACUUCAGAUAUUGUUAUUCAAUUUUAUUUGGAGAUUUUUUUGGAAAGCACUUUUUUUUCUUCGUAGUUUUUAAUUAGUUUCUCAUUUUACAAUUGAAUUAAUAAAUGGGGUCUUGCAGAGCAUUAUUUUACUAAGAAUGUAAGUAAUAAAGACUAACAUUUGUAUUGCAAAGUGUUUUAAAAGUGUAACUUUUAUUGUAUGUAUGAUGAAUGAAUUGUAAAUCAAAAAUGACUUUCAUUGUAUUUUUAACAAAGACCCGGUUACCUUUUUUAUGAUUUAAAAAAUCAGCAUGUUACUAUCAUACUUAUCCUAUUAUGUAUUCACAAAAUGAACAAUUUACCUGUACGACCUUCUUGGAAUGGAUUUUGAAGAGAAUGUUUCACUUUUUAUUGGUGUUUUCAUUUAUAUAUUUAUUGCUCUUGCUAUAUGUUGAAUGACUAGAAUUCUCCUUGUAGUGCUUGGCAAUGUGUAAAACAUAUUUUUAAAUGCUAACUUAUUUGGGUCCAAAAAUUGUAAGUUUUUGUCCUGUUGAGAAUUAAAGUGAUCUUAUAGACCCCAUUGUAUGACUAAUACUUCAAAUGCCCUGAUUUUUAAAGAGAAAUUGCAUGAAAUGUUUGAAUUGAUGACCUUGAAUUUUGAAGCGAUUAUUCUCUUCUCUGAGGACUGUGUGAAUCGUGGCAUCUAUUCUUUAUUUAAAUCACUCCAGAUAAUGUUUAGUUUGUGGAAUCCAUUGCUCCAUAAUAGGGUAAAACCUGGAAAGUACAAAAAAUGUAGGGAUGAACAAUUAAACAAAAGACAUUUCUGUUACCGUUCUUUAAAUGAGAUUUUGAAUUAAUUUUAUUUAGUCUAUAGGGCUACUUGUGUGAUAAAUAAAAAUCAAAGCGAGCUCUGAAUUAGUGCUGUUUUCGUAUUCAUUCUCAUUACUGUUCGAAGCUCAGUAAUCAUCAAAAGUAAUCAUAAACACAAUUUUUGUUUUUAUUGUAUAAAAUAUUUUGUAUGUUUGUAUUUUCUGUGAUUUACACAAUAAAAUUAAAUUCUGUAUGUUUUGAAGCCUCACAAAGC